AUGACUAAGUCUCAAUUAUUUGAAAGCUUUCUCUUUAAGGAAUGGGUACCAAAAAUUGAAAAAUACAGACAAGAUUUAGAAGCAUCGAUCCCAGCCGAUUUGAAAAUUGAAUUGCCCAAGCCAAUUGACCAAUUGAUUGAUGAGCAAUUUAAUGCUGUUAAAUAUCUUUAUGAUGCAAAAUUGUUAACUUCAGAAGAACUUGCCAUUACUGAUUCUAGUGCUGUUGAUUUGGUCAAUAAGAUUGCCAAGGGUAAGUUGUCCUCGGUGGAAGUAUUCAAAGCUUUUGCUAAACGUGCUGUUAUUGCUCACCAAUUCACCAAUUGUGCCACCGAGUUUUUCACUGAAGAAGGAUUGAAGCGUGCUCAAGAACUCGAUGCCUAUUUGAAAGAAAAUGGCAAGACAGUCGGUCCUUUGCAUGGGUUGCCUGUUUCUCUCAAGGAACAUUUGUGCUAUAAGGGGAAAGUAACUCAUGCGGGAUAUGUUUCUGGAUUGGACUAUGUAGCUACUGAAGACUCAGUAACCACGCAAAUCUUGGCUAAAUUAGGGGCUGUGUUUUAUGUUAGAACUAAUCAACCACAAACCUUGAUGCAUUUGGAUUCAGGUAAUAAUAUUACUGGAUUCUGUAAGAAUCCAUAUAACUUGCUAUUAUCUAGUGGAGGCUCUUCAAGUGGUGAAGGUGCUCUCACUGCAUUUGGUGGUAGUACCAUGGGUGUAGGCACUGAUAUUGGUGGGUCGAUUAGAUCACCGGCUGCUUUCUCAGGUGGUAUUGGAUUAAGACCAUCUUCCAAUAGAAUCUCUUGGUUGGGUUCUCUUAGUUGUUUUGCUGGUCAAGAAUCUGUUCCUGGUGUGAUGGGUCCAUUGGCACGUUCAGUUGACGACAUUGAAUUAUUUAUGGAAAGCUACAUUAAUGAAGGUAAACCAUGGGAAUAUGAUGCUUGUAUCUUGCCUAUGGCAUGGAGGAAACUUGAAAAGCCCAAUCCAUCAGAUUUAACUCUUGCUGUUAUUAGAGAUGAUGGUUUGGUAAGAGUGACUCCUCCCGUGAGACGGGCUUUGAAUGCAACAGUUGAGAAAUUGAAGGCUGCUGGAGUUAAGAUUGUGGAAUUCAAUCCUCCCAAUACUAAGUUAGCUUAUGAAACUGUCCAUCAGAUGUAUACUUGUGAUGGUAACCAUAUGCACCGCAAAUUCUUGUCUGCUUCGGGUGAACCAUUGGUUAAAUUAACCAAAUGGAAUUUGAACUAUGGACAAGGCGCUCGUGACAUUCCAGCAUCGGAAAACAGACAAUUGAAUUAUAUUAGAGAUGGGUUGAGACAAGAAUAUACUGAAUUUUUGGUUAAGAACCGGAUUGAUUUUAUUUUGAGUCCAACUAAUCAAAAUGUUGCACCUCAUUCAGGUGAAAUAUUCAAUUGGUCGUACACUUCCCUAUUCAAUAUCCUUGACUUCCCAACUUUAGUUUUCCAAACUGGUAUUUUCCAAGAUCCAACCAUUGAUAAAUGGACUGAAGAAGACUUGAGCUACAAAUAUAGAAGUCCAUUGGAACAAAUGGAAAAUGAAAACUAUAACCCAGAAGAAUUUGUUGGUGCCCCUGUGGGAUUACAGUUGUCAGGAAGAAGACAUUUGGAUGAACUAGUUGUUGCUGCUGGUAAAACAAUUGUGGAUGUUUUAGGUGUAGAUUUGUUUAAACAUUAGAACAUUGUCAAGUUUCGAUAUUAUAUAGUUGUAUAUGCCAAUUGAAUUGUGUUAAGUUUGUAAAAAAAAAAAUAA